AUGGAUGUAGAAUGCAUAUUCUGCGGAGCACUCCACUGGCGACUGGAGAGGCUGUCUAAGUCGACUGAACGAUCACCAACAUUUGGACUCUGCUGCGACAGUGGGCAGGUACGUUUGCCUGCAUUUGAUACUGCUCCGUAUCUGUUGCGGCGACUGUUCGUGGCGAAUGAUCCGCAAGCUCGCGAGUUCAGAGAGAACAUCCGCCAGUAUAAUGCUGCCUUGGCAUUCACCUCCUUGGGCGUAACAAUUGAUGAUAGUGUGAAUACUGGGCGUGGGCCCUAUGUCUUUCGUGUGCAUGGGGAACUCUAUCACCAAGCUGGAUCUCUUCUACCCCCUGAAGGUACACCUCCUGCAUAUGCACAGUUAUAUAUUCAUGAUCCACGUGACGCGCUCGAGCAGCGGAUGCGACGGAAUCCAAAUCUUCGGCGGGACACGAUGGACUUGCUCCAGGGUCUCCUGUUAGAGCAUCAUUGGUAUGCUCACCGCUACAAGCAUGCUUUCGAGAUCAUACGGGAGUAUGGUGAGGAUGAUAUUGCAGUCCGGUUGCGCUUCAAUCCUAGAGAGCAUGACUGGCGCCGCUACAACCUACCAACUGCGGAUGAGGUAGCGGCAAUAAUUCCUGGUGAUGGGCAGCAGGUGAAGGACAGUCGCGACAUCAUCCUGCAUAAGAGGACUGGCCGUCUGGAGAGGAUGACUGACCUUCACCCUGCAUAUGGGUGUCUACACUAUGUCCUCCUCUUUCCAAAAGGGGAUCAUGGAUGGCACUGGGAUCUUCGAAUGUAUCAACCUGAUCGUCAGAAGCCAAAACGGUUGACACAGACACGUUGGUUGGCAUACCACCUCCAAGUGCGGCGGGAUGAAUUCUCGACAAUCCUGCGAGGAGGAAGGCUGUUUCAGCAAUAUGUUGUCGACAUGUGGGCAUGUGCUGAUCAGAACAGAUUGAAAUGGCUCCGGGAGAAUCAGCGCCAAUGUCGGGCAUCACUGUACUCUGGCCUCGAAGACGCAGUUGCUGAAGCUGAUGAUAACAUCGAUCUGAGUCAACUCGGGAGUCGAUAUAUCUUGCCAUCAUCGUACCAAGGUGGCCCUCGGCAUAUGCACCAACAAUUCCAGGAUGCCCUUGCAAUAGGCCGGCGUUACAAGAAAGUAGACAUCUUUAUGACGGUGACCUGCAAUCCGGAAUGGCCAGAGAUAACCCGUGAACUGCUGCCUGGACAAACAGCCGCUGACCGGCCAGACCUUAUCACACGUGUCUUUGCCCUGAAGAAGAAAGCAAUUUUGGAGGACAUUUUCAAGAAUGGUGUCCUGGGACGGACUGUCGCGCACGUAUAUACUAUU